AUGCGGCGCGCCUACCGGCUGGAGGACUUCCUGUGGACGGGGUCCGGCGACGGCGCGCUACCCCCACAGGGGCCCGGCGCCUCCGCCGCCCACGCACCCGCCACGACCACCGUGUUCCGCACCACCACCGUGCUCACCACCGUCUUCCCCACCAGCACGCCCACGCUCGUGGUCGUCGUCGUCACCAGCUCGCCAGUAGUUAGCCCGCCCGACCCCGGCUGGACGGCGGAGCAGCGCUACUGGCUGCUCACCGUGGUCAAGCAGCCCCCUGGCCGGCCGCCGCCCACGCUGCGGGAGCUCGAGGCGCGCCUCGCUCGCCUCUACCGCAUCGCCUUCGACAGGCAGCAGGAGCGGCACCUGGGCCUGGUGAACGCGUCGGCGGCGGCGGCGGCGCCGGCGGGUCGGCUGCGGCGGGCGCCGGCCGGGCCGGUGUCGGUGCGGCUGCUGGAGGCGGCGCCGCUGGCCGGCGACGACGCGCCGCUGCGCCUCGUGUACGCCGUCAGCGUGGGCGGCCGGCCCGUGCCCGCCGUCGCCGCCGCCUACGACAUGCGGCUGCUCUCCGACGCCGAGGUGUCCGCCGAGCUGGGCAUGCCCGUGCUCACCAAGGCAGAGCCGUUCCUGAAGCCGGCGGCGGAGCCGCUGGUGGUGCUGCUGCUGUUCGCCGUGCUGCUCGCGCUCGGCAUGGGCAAGCGCAAGCGCGGCAAGCGGCGCGUCGUCAGCGACGCGCAGGCGCCCGGUGCUGGCGGCGCAGACAACAGGGCCUUCGUGGACUCGGAGGGCGCGCAGCGCACGGAGGAGCGCGCUGAGGAGAGCGGCCGCCGACGCCCUUCGCCGCGCCUGCCCGGGGUGGCGCCGCCCCCGGGUCCUCCGCCCCCAGUGGCCACCUCCGUCCGCGAGGAGCAGACGCAGACUCCGCGGCGGGCCGCCAGUGGCUCCAGCGGCUCCAGCAGCGGCGCCUGCUCCUCUGCCAGGGCCUCGCUAGUCCGGCGCCGCGCCCAGCCGGCGCACCACCACCGCAAGCACCGCCACCACCACGACCAGCACCACCGCCGGCGGCAGGUGCAGCGGCCACGCCCCGCCGCAACGAGUGUGGAGGAGCCGGAGGCGGAGGACAUGGCGGACAAUGGGGCUCACCCAGUGGGCGACGACGCGGCCGCAGACGUGCCGGAGGACCUGCCGGCGCAGCUCGUCCGGAUCUCCAGCGCUGUCAGCCCCAACUCCUUCCUCUCCAUGCCGUCCAUUAAGGCUUUCCCCAGGGGUGCCAACAUCCCGGAGCCUCUGGCGCGCGUUCUGGAGCCGGUGAGUGUGCGCCACCUGGACUGCGAUGCAAUGGGCGGCGUCGCCCCAGGGGCGGCUAGGCGCCUGGCCCGCCACGGCAGCACCGGCGGUGGCGACCCUGGCGUCGUGGGGCCGCUCGUCUGGCAGCUGCACUGCCGCCAGCUGCAGCAGCAACAGCAGCACCAGCACGGGGGCACAGAAGAAAAUACAGAUACAGAAGAAAUUCCUGAAGAAAUAACACAGCCAGAGGCAACAGGUUCAAAUGUAGGUCAUAUGAGGCGUCGUUUCCAUGAGCUGUUGGAUGAUGCUUUUAGCCUCUUUGGAAGUCGCAGUGAAAGUCCUGGACUGGAAGAUGGAACCAGCAGCCCUCCUAUGUUGCACAGAGUCCAUUCAGCAAUUGUCAGGCCAGUGGGUGGGCCACCGGGUGUAUCUGCGCAGCGGCCACACACCACGGAGCUUCGACGACCUGCAACAGCAUCUACACCUCUAACUGGAGCAGCCAGGCCACGUGGAGCUUGGGGAACGGUGGAACACUCUCCACUCUCAAGUGCAGGUCGUUCAAGGCCAUUAAGUGCUGGUCCUUUCCACCGUCCACGUUUACCAACUGCUCCAGAGGUGGACUGUGCUCUAGUACUCUGUGAUUCUCGGCUUGCACCCUCUGAUCCUGCUGUACCUCUCAUUGCUGCCAUAAAGGAGGAGCUGCAGAAGUUUUCUGACAGUGCACAGCCACCUGUUACUCUUCCUGGAAGCACUUCAUCUAAAACGUAACCCAAGGAUCCUAGUACAGGAUACACAGUCAAAGAGAAAAGAAUUUCAUGGUUGUAUUUCUCCAUGAGCCUGUUGCUACAGCUGAAAUUAUGUUACAUUUGUUGGACAUAUGAACUAACGUAAUUUAAAUACCACUCGAUGGGAAUGACAUAUGCUAGCCAAAUACAGAGACAUGGAUUUCUUACAUGAACUUAGUUGACCCAUCUAAAAUAAUUUUACAGCAUGAAUAUUGCAGAGUAAAGUGAGAAGAUGGUAUGUUUAUAAAUAUGGUAUAUAACUGAAGCACACUUAUUAAUUUCAUCCCACAUAUCAGAUUUGAUAGGUAAACUUGAAAGGCCUUACAAUUUAAACACCCUCAGAUGCUGCAGUAAUGCAGGCAGUUGCCAAAUGUAAACAGAUAAAUCUUGUAUAUUGUUCUGACUUACAUUAGUUAGUUUCCGUGUAGCUAGUACAUUAUUAUCAUGUCUCUUCAAAUGUUUAAUAAUGUUGAUGAUCUUGCUUUCAUAGACAAAGAGGCAUAUUAGGUUUUUAAGGUACAGUUGGUAUGGAACUGUUGUUCAAGAUAUGGUAUAAAAUAUGGACCAAAAGUAAAUUAUGGCAAAAUAAAGGAUAAGGUGCAAAAAUUAUUUUAUAUGAUACCAUAAAUGUUCUUUUUUUCACUUUUUGCCAUAGACCCCCCUCACACUUCUUACUUAAUAACCCCGGUUCACAGGAUUCACAAGUAAAGGAAUAUGCUUUAUUUCACAUAUUUUUACAAUUCUUCAUAAUUUACAAAUAAUGUAAGUAAUGGAAAGUAAUUUUUGUUAGACAAGUUAACAGUUAGUGCACUGUUACAUUUAGAGUCAGCCAAGCAACAGAGGACAAGAUUUUUUUGUAUGUUUCAGCAGAAAUACAAGACUGUGUCUUGCCAUGAAGCAAAACAAUUGCACCAAACUUUCAGACAUGCUAUCUGUUGUACUAUGUAGGCUUAAAUAUACUGUUGUUACUUGAAAAAAUAAGGCAAGUUUCUAUGAAGAAGGGAAAAAUAAAUGCAUGAUUUUUGAUUACUGCAGUUGAUUCAUGUUGAUAAAAUUUAUUAAUAAACCAGAAUAAUUGGCAAAAGAUACACAUAUUGUCUCAAUUUUAGGCCAUUACACCAGAGAGUUAACUCAGAGCCUCUUUGGAAAGACCCAAAUCCUGUACCUCAGCAUUACUUUCAAUAUAGCUAGAAUUUCAAUAAAAAUGACAACUUUUAGCUCAUCUACUGUAUAUUGUAGAUUGCAUUUUAUAGGCUUUUUCAUUUAGAAGUUAUAUAAAAAAGGCAUCUGGUGAAGACAGAUAUUAAGAAGGAUUACCAAAAUACCUCAUUAUAUGUUGGGAAAAUAUUUACUGAACAACCUUUAUCAAACAACCUGUCCUACAGCUCUUAUGUGUGUGGGCUGUGGCUAUAUCUCCCUAGAGCCACAGCCUUAAAAAGCAUGAACAUAAAAAAAUUGUAACACACAACUAGAACACACAUGUCACCAUUACUGUGGCUGCUCCUACUUCUUCAAAAAAGUAAGAUCUAGCAAUUGCUGAUUUCAAAACAGUACACCAACCUACAGUCUUAUUACUGUGAAGAGACCUGUGCUACACCUCAUAUAAAUUUUUUGCAGAAUGUUGAGAUACUGGUAAUAAUAGAUAAGUCCACAGUGUGAGAAGACAGCAGGAUAAGAUUAGACAAAAAUCUUUUACACUCUGUUUCUGAAUGACUGAAACCCUAGUUCUUCUAACUUUCACUUGUGACACCUUCCAGUUUUAACACUAGUUUGCAAAUUUAAAAAAAAAUUCCAUCUUAAAAGAAACUAUAGUUUUGUUUUAGAGAUGAUUUUGUUUGCAGAUGUUUAGUAUCUCAUCUAUUACAAUAGCAUGUUUAAAAUUAGAUUUCAUUUUCUUCAAGAUGUUUGUGAGUGAGGGGGAUGUUAAGGAACAACAGCUCCAAAUUAUAAGAAGAAUGAAAUAUUAUUUCUUCCUAUCUUUUCUCCAUUUUUCCUACUUCUCAGUCAUAUCCAGUUUGGGGCAAGGUUACGAUAAUCUUGAUUUUAUGUAUGGAAUCUGAAAGGAAUGAUACGCAUGUGUGUAUAUAUAUAUGUGUGUGUGUGUGUGUGUGUGUGUGUGUGUGUGUGUGUGUGUGUGUGUGUUUGUUUU